CAAACAUAAGGAAAUGAAAGUAAAACAACAAAGCCGACGGGAAACUCAACUGACGAACUGAAGUUGGACCUGACAAACACCCUGUACCAGCCGAAGUCUUCCAUCAGGAUGUCAGUGCAGUUCUCUGGCUGGGAGGUGGUGGAUGAUGGUGCCUCAUUUUCUGGCGUGGAGCUUGAACAUUCUCAGAAACCUAGAAACCGGGGUGUCUACUCUAUGUACCAUGGGACCAGCAUUGCCAGUGCAAGGCACAUCAUUUCCAGUGGUUUCCAACAGUCAACCAAAGGCAUGCUGGGAAAAGGUGUGUACGUCAGUCGUAAUAUAAAAAAGGCAUCUAAUUAUCCGCUUGGGAGUGCAGUUACAGAUCGGGUUGUUCUUAAGCUGCAUGUGCGUGUCGGUCGUGUCAAGCGCAUCGACCAGGACAACCAUCCCAUGCAGUACACCUGGCAUUCUAAUGGCUACGACACUGCCUGGGUGCCCCCUAACUGUGGCAUGAAAUCUGUCCCCAGUGGCCUUGAAGAGGAUUGCGUGUUUGACCCUAAAAGAGUGGAGAUAGUGGGAAUAGCAAAGGCGCCUGAUGACAACAUAGAGAGAGAACUGAACCAGCUGCUGGCAAAAAAAUCCCAAAGCCCCAUAGGACAAGAUGCUGCAGAGGUGUGCCCACUAUGUAAGAGGAAGACCCAACAAGGCUCUCCACAUAUCAGACAGCAGUGCUGGGAGUGUGGAAAAAACAUCUGCAUCCUAAUGUCCAAGCACUUCUGCCCUGGCAACGAGGGGGGAAGAUAACCUGAAGAACAGGGUGGGGUUUUAAUAUAAUGUUAAAAUGGACUUUGAACUUGCUUGGUACCGAGCAGAGAGAAAACUCCCCAGAUAAAUUGAGCAGUGACUGUAAAGUGAGUGUAUAAUCUCACAAAGAUUUACAGAGCUGAUCUUUGCCUCCAUACAGCUAUAACCAUAGUUCAUGUCAUGUUUUUAACUGCUAUGCAUGUUUUUGAGGCCUACAUGUUUUUUUCACUUCCUUUCCACCUGUUUACAUGAAAAGAUUUACUUACUCCAACAUUGUUUUGCCUUGUUAAGUCUUUGAGAUUAUGUGUUACCUUAAAUUUAAUUUCUUAUUGUUCAUUCCAAUUGUUUGAUAUCAUUUAAACUGCAUUCAAACUAAUCUGAAUCUAUAUGCAUAGAUUGCACUUGCAUAGACAGUGGAUAUCUGCUAUUCUAUGUGGUGUAAAUAUUGAGGAUCGUGGGAUGACCUAACACUAAAUCAUGUAAUAGAACCAUGUACCACAAAUAUGUUUGAUAAA